AAAAACAUUGAUCUUUACAGAGUGCGCAUGCCCAUCCAAACGUUGAAAGCACGCCGGGUUGUCGCAUCAGAAAAGAUUUAUUCACAUUGUAAAUUUUUUAUCAACAAAAACAAUGGCGACUCUUCCUAUGAACCCUAAGCCGUUUCUGAAUGGACUGACAGGUAAACCCGUGAUGGUGAAGCUAAAGUGGGGCAUGGAAUACAAGGGAUAUCUAGUAUCUGUAGAUGGCUACAUGAACCUUCAGCUUGCCAACACAGAAGAAUACAUUGAUGGGGCUCAGACAGGAAAUCUAGGAGAAGUACUCAUACGCUGUAACAAUGUGCUCUAUAUACGUGGAGUGGAAGAAGAAGAUGAAGAAGGAGAAAUGAAAGACUGAUAACUUCUCCUCAGUGAGGAAGAGGCAGCAAUCCUCGUUAUAUUCAUCACACAUCGCGUCAUACUUCAUUAUUGUUUUUACAUGCCAGUUUCUGUGACUCAUGCACUUUCACGUUUUUGUAGACAUCUACCGUCAUGUUUUUAUUUGAACUAGAAAAUUUGUUGUAAAUAUAUUGACAUAAGAUGUAAGACCGAGUCUUUUUUUCAAUCAUGCUUGUAUUAUUCUUUCCUCCUAGAUGACACCAUUUGAUAUACAUGAUCAUUUCUGUAUCACCGUGUGUUGUGCGAAAUUUGAGACAUCUGUAUUAUAAUCAUUUUGAUUGAGAGGACCCAUAUUUUGUGAAUUCUAAUACCUAUGUGAACUGUAAGUUAAUUUUUGAAACAUGUACAAGAUUUAGUGUCAGAACAUACCGUAUGAUAGUGAAUCUUACACGUGUACAUGUUUCAAAAAUUUACUUCUAAUUUACAAAACAGCAUGCUUAAUGGGUUUUUUGUCCAAUCAAAUACCAAUCCCAAAAACCAUGAGCCCUGUAUUUUGCAUCAUAAUGAAAGAAAUACAAGUUCUUUUUUAUGUCCCUGUCAUGAAAUGGCGGGGACAUAUAGUAUUGUCCUUUUUCUAUCAUAAUUUGGUGUCUGUUUAUGAUCUCUGCCACGGAUGCACAUGAAACAUAUCAAGAAUAUCCUGGUAAAGUCAUUAUUUAGUUUUGGUUGAUUGAUUUUAGACAGAAUUGUGCUUCCUUGGACUUAUAACUCGUAGUUUCCACUCGUUGUCUUGGCCAUAUCUGGAUAUUUUGAAUUGAAAUUUGGGAUCUAGAUAUACAUGUAUUAUGAGAGCAUGCAGGUCAAAUACUUGUAUGGGUCUGAUCAGUUAGUAUGGAAUGUUCCUGCAUAGAAAAAAACACUGUCAAAUCAAAAGUUAGGGCGAGUACAUUUUGCAUAUAAAACAAAAAAAUAUGCUAUUCAUAUUUUUAGGAUCACAGUACUUCUUCAUGUUUAUGAAAUGUACAUAGAUGUAUCCACAGGUUUUUCAGACACUAUACAAACAUUAUCCUAUUUUGCACAUUUGAUUAAAAUCGUCAUACAAUAUAACCCAUGCUGAUCUGGAGGUUGAACUGGAAUCACAGCAGUGAGAGGCGAGUACGUCGACUCCUGAGCUAUCCAGACACGAGAUUGUGGGUCUUGCAUUUCCCACUCGAGCACAUGGGUGUCCUCCCACAUCAAUGACCUAUUUGUGCUAUAAUGUUCAUUUUUUAAAUAGUAAAUUAAACUAGCUAAAGUUUC